CCAUUACAUUACUUAAUUUAAAAUGUAAACAAUAUUGUUUUAUCAUUUCAUUAUCAGUUUAUAGUCUAUAUUUUGUUGUGUAACGUAUAUUUUUAUUUAAUUUAGUUGUUUAUUAAGCCCUAAUCGCUAUAAAAUGUUCCUAAAAAAAGCAUUAAUGACCACCAGAAGGAUCGGCAGGAGUAUGUCCGAUUUUCCAAACCCAAACUUAGUAAGGACAGAUUUUAAGAAUGGAAUUAAACAAAUUACGAUGACCGAUCCGAAAACAAGAAAUUCCUUAUCAGUUGCCAUGAUGGAAACCCUUAUCGAGCAUAUUAAGAAAGACGAACACAAUCCUGAACUGAGGGUGAUAGUUUUAUCAGGUGAGGGCCCCGCCUUUUCAGGCGGACACAACCUUAAAGAACUUGCCUCAAAUAAAACCCAACAAGAGGCCUGCUUCACCUCCGCAUAUAAAUUAAUGAACACAUUAAUAGACAGUCCUGUGCCCAUCAUAGCAAAAGUGGAUGGCAUUGCUGCCGCCGCUGGCUGUCAAUUAGUAGCCCAAUGUGAUAUCUCAAUAUGCUCGGACCAAAGUAAAUUUUCCACUCCCGGGGCUAAUUUUGGUUUAUUUUGCUCGACCCCAGGAGUGGCCCUGGCCCGAUCGAUAAACAAAAUGCCCGCCCUAUACAUGCUCUUUACCGGUCUGCCAAUUUCAGCUGAAGAAGCCAAAAGUUUCGGACUGGUGAGCAAGGUGUAUUCUGGUGAUCAAUUAGAUGAUGAAGUGGGUGUCAUCUGCGAAACCAUCAAAGCUAAAAGUAGGGACGUAAUAGAGCUGGGUAAAAGGUUUUAUUAUAAACAAGUGGAGUGCGAUGUGAGGAAGGCGUACCAGUUAGGUUGCGAAAAGAUGUUGGAGAAUUUACAAAUCGGGGAUUGCCGGGAGGGAAUCAGGAGUUUUAUUGAGAAAAGGAAGCCCCAGUGGGGAGCAAAUAACUAAUUAAAACGACAAUAAAAAUAUUAAUAAUUUA